CAUCCAUGCCAGAGGACACUGCCAAAUUCCCAAUCUCCCUUCAAUUACCCAACUCCCAUCUCUUGGAAUACAGCGCCCGGCAACAUCAGUUCCUCAAAAUUGGACUGGCCAUUAGCGCACCACAUCUUUCCAGCAAAUGGAGCUCCAUCGCGUCCUCAGGUUGGCCUCCAAACACACGCCUCUUCAUGUUUUGAACCGCGAUUUCAAUUGAACUUAUCUUGUCCAGUUUUGGGGGAUUUCAUGAAACAUUGAGCUACCCCUUUUCGAUUCUUCGUUUGUUGAGAUUUCUGGAUAUUGCGUCUUUUGUGGGGAUUUCCUUUUCGGAUUUGCUGAAGAUUCUGUUUGUGUUGCUCUGUGUUAGUAUAUAUCAUUAGUUUGGGGUUUGGGGAUUUUGUUAAUCAAUGGAUACUUUGCUUAAAAUCAAUAACAAAUAUGGUUUUCUGCAACAAUCUCAUGGGGUUUUGGAGAAAUUGAGGGAUGGUGUUAGGAGUACGAAGAUUCAGAGUCGGGAGUUUGGAUUUGGCCAUAGAAAGGGUCGUGUGAAAUGGAGGAAUAGUGCUCUUUUGGAGCUUGUUCCUGAAACCAAGAAGGAGAAUCUCGAGUUUGAACUUCCGAUGUAUGAUCCUUCAAAGGGCCUUGUCGUGGAUCUUGCUGUUGUGGGAGGUGGCCCUGCAGGGCUUGCUGUUGCACAGCAGGUUUCAGAGGCAGGGCUUUCUGUUUGUGCAAUUGAUCCAUCUCCCAAGUUGAUUUGGCCAAACAAUUAUGGGGUUUGGGUGGAUGAAUUCGAGGCGAUGGAUUUGCUCGAUUGUCUCGACACGACAUGGUCCGGUGCUGUUGUGUUCACGAAUGAACAAUCGACAAAAGAUCUUGCUCGACCUUAUGGGAGGGUUAAUCGAAAACAGCUGAAGUCAAAAAUGUUGCAGAAAUGUAUUUCUAAUGGUGUUAAGUUUCAUGAAGCUAAGGUUAUUAAAGUUAUACAUGAGGAAUUCAAAUCCUUGUUGAUUUGCAAUGAUGGUGUUACCAUUCAAGCUGCUGUUGUUCUUGAUGCUACUGGCUUCUCUCGAUGCCUUGUUCAGUAUAAUAAGCCUUAUAAUCCGGGCUACCAAGUAGCUUAUGGAAUUUUAGCUGAGGUCGAGGAACAUCCGUUCGACGUCGACAAGAUGGUGUUUAUGGAUUGGAGGGAUUCGCAUCUGGAUAACAACAUGAUUUUAAAGGAGAGAAAUAGCAAAAUUCCUACAUUUCUCUAUGCGAUGCCCUUUUCAUCGAAUCGGAUAUUUCUCGAAGAAACUUCUUUGGUAGCUCGACCGGGAUUACAAAUGAGCGAUAUCCAGGAAAGAAUGGAAUUGAGAUUGAAGCACUUGGGAAUAAAAGUGAAGAGCAUUGAAGAGGAUGAGCAUUGUGUCAUUCCAAUGGGUGGUCCGCUGCCCGUUCUACCUCAAAGAGUUGUUGGAAUUGGUGGAACGGCAGGGAUGGUGCACCCUUCAACCGGAUAUAUGGUAGCUAGAACUCUUGCAGCAGCACCUAUUGUUGCUAGUGCAAUCGUUCGGCUCCUCGGUUCGGAUGGACGUUUCAGGGGAGAUGAGAUAUCCUCUGAAGUUUGGAAAGAUCUAUGGCCCAUCGAACGGAGGAGGCAGAGGGAAUUUUUCUGUUUUGGGAUGGAUAUUUUGUUGAAGCUUGAUCUAAAAGGUACAAGAAGGUUUUUUGAUGCGUUUUUUGAUCUCGAACCUCGCUAUUGGCAUGGAUUCUUGUCAUCACGACUGUUCCUUCCCGAGCUUAUACUCUUUGGGCUUUCGUUAUUCUCUAAUGCAUCUAAUGCCUCUAGGCUUGAAAUCAUGGCAAAGGGAACUCCGUCUUUGGUAAAGAUGAUCGGAAAUCUGGUGAAGGAUAGAGAGUAAGAUGACUAUAGAGUUAUCUUGUUGUAAGCUAAUCAUCAUACUGCAUCAUCACAUUGUUCAUAAGAUUAUGAGUUAGCUAUAGCUUAUGGCCAUUUAUAUCUUUACCAUGUUAUUCUCAGUUCACACCUGUCAGCCAAUAUACAUAUGAUAUCUGCUUAGAUCAUAUCGUUUUAUACACGUUGUGAUAUCUUCAUUAUGUUCGGUCGAUACCCGGGUGAGGAAUUGCUAUCUUUGUUCGUUCCA